GAAAAAAGAGACAAGCGAGAGAUGGCGAGGAGAGCGGACGAGGAAUACGAUUAUUUGUUCAAGGUGGUACUAAUCGGCGAUUCAGGUGUAGGGAAAUCCAACCUCCUCUCCCGAUUCACCCGCAACGAGUUCUGCUUGGAGUCCAAGUCUACCAUUGGCGUCGAAUUCGCCACCCGUACUCUCCAGGUUGAGGGAAGAACUGUGAAAGCUCAGAUAUGGGAUACAGCUGGCCAGGAGCGAUACCGGGCAAUAACAAGUGCCUACUAUAGGGGUGCCCUUGGAGCACUUCUUGUGUAUGAUGUUACAAAACCAACAACAUUUGAAAAUGUGAGCCGAUGGCUGAAGGAACUGAGAGACCAUGCAGACUCCAACAUUGUCAUCAUGCUAAUCGGCAACAAGACUGAUCUGAAGCAUCUCCGAGCAGUUGCGACAGAGGAUGCUCAGGGUUAUGCUGAAAAAGAAGGCCUUUCAUUCAUUGAGACAUCUGCUCUUGAAGCAACAAAUGUCGAGAAGGCUUUCCAGAAAAUUCUCGGUGAGAUAUACAGGAUAAUUAGUAAGAAAUCGCUUUCUUCAGGGGAGACGGCACCUGCCAACAUUAAUGAAGGGAAGACUAUUGAAGUUGGGGGAUCAGAGGCCACUACCAAGAAGCCUUGCUGCUCUUCAUCCUGA